AUGGCCGAGCGCCGCGUCCCCUUCACCUUCCUGCGCAGCCCCAGCUGGGACCCCUUCCGCGACUGGUACCAUGGCAGCCGCCUCUUCGACCAGUCCUUUGGGAUGCCGCACAUCCCCGAGGAUUGGUACAAGUGGCCCAGCGGCAGCGCCUGGCCGGGAUAUUUCCGCCUGCUGCCCCGGGAGAGCGCCCUGAUGCCGGCGCCCGGCUCGCCCUUCGGCCAGGCGCUGAGCCGCCAGCUCAGCAGCGGCAUCUCCGAGAUCCGCCAGACCGCCGACAGCUGGAAGGUCACCUUGGAUGUCAACCACUUCGCACCUGAGGAGCUGGUGGUCAAGACCAAGGAUAAUAUCGUGGAGAUAACCGGCAAACACGAGGAGAAGCAGGAUGAACACGGCUUCAUCUCCAGGUGCUUCACCCGAAAAUACACCCUUCCCCCUGGCGUCGAAGCCACGGCCGUGCGGUCCUCGCUGUCUCCCGAUGGAAUGCUGACGGUGGAGGCCCCCCUGCCCAAACCUGCCAUCCAGUCUGCCGAAAUCACCAUCCCCGUCACCGUGGAGAGCCAAGCCAAGGAGCCGGCCAAGAAAUAG